CCCGACCUCGAUCGAUGGCGCAAUACGGCAAGGCCUCGUACUGGGACGAGCGCUACACCAAGGACGCGGAGCAGUUCGACUGGUACCAGCGCUAUGCAGGCCUGAAGGACCUCGUGCUGCAGUACCUCAAGAAGACGGACAACGUCUUGAUGUCGGGCGCAGGCAACUCGCGCUUGACCGAAGAGAUGAUGAACGACGGCUUCCAGACCAUCAUGAACAUUGACGUUUCGCAGGUCGUCGUCGAUCAAAUGGCCAAGAAGUAUGAAGGACACGAGGGCAUGCAAUGGCAGCAGAUGAAUGUGUGCUCGCUCUCGUUCUCGGACGAGACCUUUGACAGCGUCUUCGACAAGGGCACGAUGGACUCGAUCUUGUGCGGCGAAGGCUCGACAGCCAACGUGGCCAAGAUGUGCCAAGAAGUCUACCGCGUCCUCAAGCCCAACGGCGUCUUUUUUAUUGUGUCGUACGGCGUGCCCGACAACCGUCUCAGCUACCUCGAGAACAACGAGCUCCACUGGAAGGUCACGGUGCACACGGUGCCCAAGCCCACGGUCAGCGCCGUCCAGGUCACGGACGCGGCCGACGCCAACGCUGUACAUUACAUUUACGUGUGCCAGAAGGGUGUGAAAGCCGAAGCAUAAGCCGAUCCACGCAUCCUCAUAAUACAAGACAUUGGUAUUCUCGACA